GGACUCACGAAAUGGCGUCGGCAGCUGAUUAUAGCUCGUACAACCAGACCGGGGCCCAGCAGGGGUAUGGCUCCUACUCGGCCCAGCCUUCCCAGGCCUAUGGACAAGCUACACAGCAAGCGUAUGGGCAGCAGGGUUAUGGUUCCUACGGCCAGCCUGCUGAUUCAGCGUACCCCCAGACCGGGUCCUCCGCUGGGGCUUACGCCCAGCCGGCGUACGGAUCCUCCUAUGGCCAGCCUCCAGCCGCAGAAGGGACUACGUCAGCGGGCUACAGCGCGGCCCCCCAGGGCUACAGCCAGCCCUCCCAGGGCUACGGGACGAGCAGCUACGACAACUCAUCCGCUGCGGCCGCCACCACCACCCAGGCCUCCUACGGGACCCAGCCCGCGUACGGAGCCCAGCCCACCUACGCCGGCUACGGGCAGCAGCCUGCUUCCGCCGCCCCGCCCAGCUACAGCUCCAGCAGCCAGCCCUCCAGCUACGACCAGAGCAGCUACUCCCAGCCUGGGGCCUACUCCCAGCAGCAGGCCGGCUACCAGGCCCAGCAGGCCGGCUACAGCCAGCCCAGCUCCUACGGGCAGCAGGGGAGCUACCAGCAGCAGGCCCAGCAGCAGCCCCCGCCUCAACAGCCCCAGCAGCCCCCGCCCUCCAGCUACCCGCCGCCCUCCAGCUCCUACAGCCAGCCCCCGCCCAGCCAGUACGGCCAGCAGGGCGGCGCUGCCAGCAGCUACGGCCAGCAGAGCAGCUACAACCCGUCCAGUCAGUACAAUCAGGCAGGUAGUUACAGGCAGGAGCGCCCCAGCAGCAUGAGCGGGGGGUACUCGGGGCCGGACUCGGGCGGGUACUCGGGCCCCGGGGACAGGGGCCUGGGCGGGAUGGACAGCCGCGCUCGAGGCCGCGGCGGCUUCGACCGGGGCGGCAUGAUGCGAGGAGGAGCGGGCGGAGCGGGGAUGCUGCGCGGGGGCAUGACUCGCGGAGCCAUGGGCACCGCUGGAGACAGAGGUGGCUUCAUUAAGCCUGGUGGACCCAUGAGCGACGGUCCGGAGCGUGAAAUGGUGCGUCCCGAGGAGCAGGACGACUCUGAGAACAGCACCGUCUACAUCACCGGCCUGACCGAGAACGCCACUCUUGAGGAGCUCGCCGACUUCUUCAAGCACUGCGGGACCAUCCGGAUUAACAAGCGUCUGGGCCAGCCCGCCAUUAACAUCUACACCGACAAGGACUCGGGCAAGCCCAAAGGAGACGCCACCCUGUCCUACGAUGAGCCGCCCUGCGCCAAGGCUGCCGUCGAGUGGUUUGAUGGGAAGGAGUUCCAGGGGAAGAAGCUGAAGGUGUCCAUGGCCCGGCGUAAGCCCAUGAUGGGGAUGAUGCGCGGGGGGAUGCCCAUGCGCGACGGCCGGGGCAUGAUGGGCCGCGGAGGCAUGAUGGGACGUGGGGGAGACCGUGGAGGCUUCAUGCCCAGGGGGGGCCCUCGGGGGAUGGGCCGGGGCGGGCCCUCCGGGGGCAACAUGCAGCAGAGGGCAGGAGACUGGCAGUGCCCUAACCCAAGCUGUGGGAACCAGAACUUCGCCUGGAGGAUGGAGUGUAAUCAGUGCAAGGCCCCCAGGCCCGAAGGAUUCAGCCCCCCGCCCUUCUCCCCCUCAGGUGGGGACCGCGGCAGGGGGGGUCCCGGCAUGCGCGGGGGCCGAGGCAUGGACCGCGGGGGCAUGGGGGGUCCCGGGGGCCCCGGGGCCUUCCGCGGCGGGCGGGGGGGUGACCGUGGCGGCGGUUUCCGUGGCGGCCGCGGGAUGGACCGGGGCGGGUUCAGGGGGGGCAGCAGGGGAGGCCCCCCCAUGGACCAGAUGGGCGGCAGAGGGGCCCGGAGAGGCAUGGGACCCCCCGGCAAGAUGAUGGAGAUGAAGGGGGACCACCGCCAGGAGCGUCGGGACCGGCCCUAUUGAAGUACAUCAUGCUAAAACAAUUCCCAUUUAGGAUUUAUUUUUUAAAGAAAUAUUUUAAAUUUCUAAUUCCAUAUUUAUAAAAAAGGUUAUGGGAAUAUUUGGUGCAUAAUUUUCCAUUAUUCUGUUAGUAAAAUAGUUUUCAGUGAUUUUUUUUUUUUUCUUUUUUUCUUUUAUACGUUAUAUAAAGUUUCCGUUCUGGUGAAGCCCAAGUGAACAUGAUGCGCGUGCAUGCUCUUUUGGUGUACAGAUUGGCUGUGGAAAGUGUUGUUAAGCCUUGUGCUCGAUGAUUAAACGUUUGGUUUUUUUUUUUUUUUUUAAACUGUGUUGCUUCCUCGUCCUGCUACUUCGCUCCUUUCUCCCCCGACAGUGUUUGAAAUAAAAGGCAAACCUUAGAAAGGAAA